AUCAAAUCUUUAUUUUAAAUUAUAUAUACAAAAUGGUCUUACCUUACGAACCUGAAUUCCAACAAGCUUACGAUGAAUUAGUCUCUGCUGUUGAAGACUCUACUUUGUUCACUGAACAACCAAAAUAUAAGAAGGUUAUUCCAGUUGCUUCUGUCCCAGAAAGAGUUAUCCAAUUCAGAGUUGCUUGGGAAAACGACAAGGGUGAAAUCGAAGUCAACAACGGUUACAGAGUUCAAUUCAACUCUGCCUUAGGUCCAUACAAGGGUGGUUUACGUUUCCACCCAUCUGUUAACUUGUCCAUCUUAAAGUUCUUGGGUUUCGAACAAAUCUUCAAGAAUGCUUUAACCGGAUUAUCCAUGGGUGGUGGUAAAGGUGGUUCCGACUUCAACCCAAAGGGUAGAACUGACUCUGAAAUCAGAAGAUUCUGUGUUGCCUUCAUGAGACAAUUGGCUAGACACAUUGGUCCAGACACUGAUGUUCCAGCUGGUGAUAUCGGUGUUGGUGGUCGUGAAAUCGGUUUCCUUUUCGGUGCUUACAAGCAAAUGAGAAACCACUGGGCUGGUGUCUUGACCGGUAAGGGUUUGUCCUGGGGUGGUUCUUUAAUCAGACCAGAAGCUACCGGUUACGGUUGUGUCUACUACGUCGAAAAGAUGAUUGAAAAGGCUACCAACGGUAAGGAAACCUUUGCUGGUAAGAGAGUUGCCAUUUCCGGUUCCGGUAAUGUUGCUCAAUACGCUGCCUUGAAGGUUAUCGAAUUAGGUGGUACUGUUGUUUCUCUUUCUGACUCCAAGGGUGCCAUCAUUUCCAAGAAUGGUAUUACCAAGGAACAAGUUGCUGCUAUUGCUGCUGCCAAGAUCCAAUUCAAGUCUUUGGAAGAAAUCAUUGCUGAAUCUGCCUCUGUUUUCUCUGGUGAAAACUCUGUUGAAUACUUGGCUGGUGUUCGUCCAUGGACCAAGGUUGGUCAAGUUGAUGUUGCUUUGCCAUCUGCCACUCAAAACGAAGUUUCUGGUGACGAAGCCAAGGCUUUAGUUGAAGCUGGUUGUAAGUUCAUUGCUGAAGGUUCCAAUAUGGGUUCCACCAAGGAAGCUAUUGAAGUUUUCGAAGCCAACAGAGCCAGCGGUGUCUGGUAUGCUCCAGGUAAGGCUGCCAACUGUGGUGGUGUUGCUGUCUCUGGUUUAGAAAUGGCCCAAAACUCUGCCAGAGUCCAAUGGACCAACGAAGAAGUUGACGCUAAGUUGAAGGACAUCAUGUACACUUGUUUCGACAACUGUUACCAAACCGCUAUCAAGUACUCUACCGAAAAGACCGAAGGUACUUUACCAUCUUUAUUAAAGGGUGCUAACAUUGCUGGUUUCAUCAAGGUUGCCGAUGCUAUGUUCGACCAAGGUGACGUUUUCUAAAUGGGUUAAACAAAAAAAAAAAUUUACAUAGAUGAUUUGCAUGUGAGCAUACGAUUUUAGUUCUUCAUUAAAAACUUUGUAUAUUUGAUGUAUAUAAGAAAGUCAAUAGAAAUAUUUGGUUAAACU